CGCGCCAAAGCUCAGACAGCGGCCACUCUUCAGGACAAUAACACACUGCGGAGGCCCUUUAAACACAUUCUGUUCUCGCAACGGCUACAAUACAGACCGAAGUGUCUGUGAGCUUUGUUACUUAAGAGGACUGUUUUCAGUUUUUGUGCUUGAGUCGAGACACAGAAGGCAAAUUUAAUGCCGGUUUUCGGGAAACUGUUUACCACUUCACGGUCGUGAGACGACUUUGACGGGUGCGGUGCGGCGGAGUUGGUGCACUGCUGGAUUGGAUAUAUUAUUCGCUUGAAGCCAAGACGGUACACCCUACCAUACUGCUCUCGAAUUCACUCCUCUGCUGGUUCUUCUUACUCUUAACGGGUGAAUCGGGAUCGUCUUCGCCGGCUUUUCAGCGGGAAUAUGUUGUUGUCAAAGUUUGGUUCAUUUUCGCACAUUUGCAACCCUUCAAGUAUGGACCAUCUACCAGUGAAAAUACAGCUGCAGUCGGUUAAAGUGGAAAAGGAGCCCUUCGAAAAGGUUUACCAAGUGGGAUCCGUGCUGGGCAGCGGAGGGUUUGGAACAGUGUACGCCGGCAGCCGGAUCUCUGAUGGCGCACCGGUGGCUGUGAAACAUGUUGCAAAGGAGAGGGUGACAGAGUGGGGAACAAUUAACGGGGCCAUGGUGCCUUUGGAGAUCCUGCUGCUAAAGAAGGUCAGCUCGUCGUUUCGCGGAGUUAUCAAAUUGCUGGACUAUUACGAGCGGCCGGACGGUUGGCUGAUCGUUAUGGAGAGGCCGGAGCUCGUCAAGGACCUUUUCGACUAUAUCACCGAGAAGGGCGCCCUGGACGAGGACACGGCGCAGGGAUUUUUCCGCCAGGUUUUGGAGGCGGUCAGACACUGCUACAGCUGCGGAGUAGUACACAGAGACAUCAAAGAUGAAAACCUGCUGGUGGAUCUACGCACCGGGGAGCUCAAGCUUAUUGACUUUGGCUCAGGGGCGAUUCUCAAGGACACCGUCUACACCGAUUUUGAUGGUACAAGAGUGUACAGUCCACCAGAGUGGAUCCGCUUCCAUAGAUACCAUGGUCGCUCGGCGACAGUGUGGUCGCUAGGAGUGCUGCUGUAUGACAUGGUGUGUGGAGACAUCCCCUUUGAGCAGGACGAGGAGAUCCUCAGAGGGAGACUGUACUUCAGGAGGAGGGUGUCAGCCGAGUGCCAGCAGCUGAUCAAAUGGUGCCUGGCCCUGCGGCCUUCAGACCGGCCUACACUGGAGCAGAUUUGCGACCACCCUUGGAUGAGGGCGACGACGACAGAGUCACCCAAGUCCCAAGAGGAGCCGGUCGCCAGUGAGAUCCGCCUCAGGACCAUCGACACAGACUCUUCGUCGAGUACAAGCUCGAGCAAGGAGAGCCUCUGAGGAUGGCUCUGAUGGACCCAAAAGACUUUCUGGGGAAAGAAGGGGUGUGGCUUGAGGGGGGGUAUGGACUCAAGGCUGGAAGCCUGUAGGCCAACUGGCCCAUCAGUGGCUGGGCGCUUGACACCGCUGCUCAAGCAAGAAAAAUGUACUUUAAUUUUUCUCCUUUGUAGGGAAUUUCUAAUUUAUUACUAUUUGUUCUUCCUUAUAUUAUUUUCCCCAUCCUCUCUUUUUUUCAGUUUAUAAUACUUGUUUCCUAUACGGGAACUUUUUUUUUGGGUGGUCUUACCAGCACUAUUUAUUCUCCCCUUCUCCCCUUUUUUUAACUUUAUUUUCCUUGUUUUUUGUUUACUAGGCUGGUAUAUGCAGCUGGAAAGACCCUCCUAUUCAAACAUGGCUGCUCUCAUAGAGCUUGGAGAAAACCCUUUUUAUUUAAAUGUUUUGAUUUUGUAGUGCCUUUUUUAUUUUAUUGUUUUGGAAAGCUACUUUUCUGGGGGGCUUUCAUCAACAACUCUUUUUGGGAUAUGCCCGCGGUCUGGUGGCUAGGUUGCCUGUGCUGUGAUGCAAUGGGGGAGGAGGUU